AGAUAUGUUUUGAUUAUACUGUAAGGGACAUUCCUCAGCAUGCUACGAGUUGGUCGUGGAAUGGUGGCAAUAUGCCGGAGAGGGGCCAAGCAAAAGCAUUGGAAUCCUUGCAUGUGCAGAUCUCCUGUAUUUGUAAGUGGAUAUGCCCCCUCAUUUGUUGCCACCAUCACCACACCUGCUUUUAGCAGACAGCUGGAGGAUAAAAACCAGAAUCCAUCACCUACCAAUACUGUCAGACAGGAAAGUGAAGUUUCCAAGCUGAUAGAGACUGCCACUGCUAAUGGGUCUGUUGUUGGAGCUCUGCAGGGUGUGCAGAGGCUAUCUGAAUGGGUGACUCUCAGGAAAAUUGACUUUAAAAAGGACUUAGAAAGUGAUGAAGAUUUUACUAAGUUAUUGAAGAUAUUAGAGAAAGGCAUACCUCAAUUGAGUCCAAGUGCCCUGCUGGAUGGUCUCAAGAGUCUAUUAAACCUUGGGAUUGAUAGUAACAGCUAUUUAAUUCAGUGUAUGGAAAUGGCGUUGUGUAGGAACCUCGGUAGGCGGUGGGUAAUAUUCUUCCCUUCUUCUUCCUCGCAGUCUCUGGAGAAUGAAGUGCUGUGGAAUGUACGAAAGGUGUCUAUGCCUCUCCUUCUUUCCAUCGUGGUCUUCCAAGCGAAGCAUCAACAUACAGACUUGCAGAGGAAGGUACUCAGGGAAUCUGUAGAGACAGUUCAAAGACGAUGGGUUGAAGUCAGGGGAGUAAAGGACAUCCAGGUGAUCUAUAACCACCAUGGGGUCUUCAACUUGGAAUUCAUAAGCCGCAUUGAUGACAGAACCAUUGAAUUAGCAGAAGAGAUGUCUUACACCGAUCUGAGCCGGCUCUUAUGCACCCUUGCCACAGUCAAGCGAAGAGUAACACCUGUGCUACGCUCCCUGGCGUUCCACAUGGCGAGACAGAGUGAUCGACUGCCUCCCAAGCAGCUGUCCAAUGUACUUUAUGCUAUGAACUCUCUAAGCUUCCCAGACCCCCUUCUGUUAGAGAAGAUUGCAAAUGAUUUUGUGUCACAGGGUAAUGCUAUUGACAAACCUACAGUAGUAGGGGGUAUUCUGACCUGCAUGGGACAGAUGAGAUGGAGGAACACAAGUAUGUUGGAAAUUUUAUCAGAGUGGGUAGAAAACCAUGUCAAUAUUUGCCGCACAAGUGACAUUGCUGCCAUGGUCCUGACUUUGGCCUCGGUUUCAUAUACACCCACUAACAUUGACUCCUUAUUCAAAGCAAUUAUUCCUAAACUGACAUCAGUGACAAUUAACAGGGAGACUGCUUGGUUAGAUGUGGUAUGGUCAUUAUCAGUGCUUGGGAAAGCUACAGAGGAGCAUAUUGCUUCUGUUUUAAAUCCAUCAUUUGUUUCAAAAAUUCCAAGUGCUGCCCAACAUCAGAGGACAGGGAUAAAGUUGAAAUUGCUUAAUAUAAAUGCUGUGGCCAGACUGAGCAUGCCUGCAUACAAGGGACCUUUUCUUGACCUUUCAGACUUUAAAGACGUCAUAAUUACUCAGGGAAGACAUGAGCUAAUGUUGGCUAAACAUGUUCAGACAAUGCUUCACAAUUUCCUCCCGCCCCCAAAAUAUAUAAGGGAAAACAUACAAACAAACAUGGGUAUAUUUGUGGAUGCAGAGCUAUCUGUUGGGAAAGACGGAAAACCUAUCCCAAUUGAAGACUUUACUACAAAUUUUGGUGAAAAGGAAAGUUCAAAGCAACUUCCAGAAGGUGCACAAAAGUUAGCCAUGUUUAUAUGGGAUUACAGAGACUACACAAUAGGCUCUCAGGAGCUCACAGGCAUCAACAGAUUAGCCAUGGAACUGGUUAGAAAACAUGACUAUAAGAUUGUACAAAUACCAUACUAUGAAUACAACAUGAAGGCAAAGACCAUCAAGAAUGUACAGUAUCUAGAAAGCAAGACAAAGGAAGCAGUUAGUACUUCAUAAUAUGUAUUCAUUGUUAUCUGAUGUAAAUAUAAUUUUAAAUAUUUGUAAUUAUUGGUAUUUAAACAUCUGAGUCAUAUGUGUUUUCUAAUAAACAUCGAUAAAAAAAUUCAAA